AUGAAGACAACCACUAUGCUUCUGGCUGGAGCCUUGUCGCUGCUCUCUCAAGUUUCCGCCACUCCGGCAAGCAGUGGAAACUCCUCAUGUCUGCGAGUCCGUCAAGACACCAACUUCGACACCGAGAUCGAAAUCGGCGACAACACAGUCACUGCCACCUGGGUCUACACCGAGGACUCUGGCACAAACAGGGACAAUCACCCCGGUACUGAGGCUUUCACUGAGCUCUUCGACAACAUCUACGACAUGUGCGGCCCAACACAGUGCGGCUUGGAUCUUUCGGAGCCCAUGGAGUACUGCACCACGCCACUCAACUCGGACCUCGCCAGCCCGGGUGCACAACAGAUUUGCCUCCAAGCAAUGGGAAGCUUCGGCUCGGUCUCCAAGGACGAAAUCUUCAACCUGGGUCGUGCGGCAUUCGAUGGCAGUGUCAACCGUGUAUACUCAGACCUACCGGACGUUUUGAUUCCGCAGGUUGAGGAGACAGGCGCGAGCUUCAUCCAUGUCGUGACUGGCCCAGGUAACGCUGGUGGAUCUGGAUACGACCUCAGCUUCAACUUGUUUUACAUGUCUCAAAACGAGGGUUGCGGUCCGAUUAUUGAUCGCAUCACCGAAGCUGGUUCCGUUCUUGGCGGUCAAUUCGCUCCAGCGUUUGGGGUCAUCGGAUUGGUCUGUGGUUAUGUCUCAUAA